CGGUCCCAGGGAAGAGUGAAAACCCUUUGGCUUUGACAGCCGCCGCCACAAGUCUUUCCGCCUCCCCGGGCUGCCUGGGAGCUGAGAGCCGGAUUAUGGUGGCCUGAGCAGCACACGCAGCUGCCGGCGCCCCCGGAGCCCCCUGAGCCUUGCCCCGCCGCCCACCCAGGGGGAGGACCGAGAAGCCAGCGGCCGCCGACCUGCCAUGCCCGCCCCUCCCCGCCUCCCGCCGAGCCUGAGCCGUCCUCUCCCAGACCUCUGCUGAGGCUGGGCGCCGCUGGCCAGAUGUAGCCGGCUUCGGAUCCGUCUCCUCCUCUCUCCGUCUGCGGAUUUCUCCUGCCCGAUCCCCCCCGCACACGGCACCAGGGGGCCGGCCGAGGGGCCUGCAGGCUCUGGAGCCCCGAUGCCUCGCAGCUCACUCUCCUGAGCAGCCACCACCAGCACCCAGAGUUGGGGGCAGGCAACGGAGCCGGACGUGGUCCCAGGGUGAGCCCAGAGGGCCCCAAAGGCCAGGCCCACCAUGGCCCAAACACUGCCCUGGCUCCUGCUGUGGAUGAGCUCGGGAAUGCUGCCUGCCCACUGCACCCAGCCUGGCAUCCGGCUGCCCCUGCGAAGCGGGCUAGGGGGGGCCCCCCUGGGGCUGCGGCUGCCCCGGGAGACCGACGAGGAACAAGAGGAGCCUGGCCGGAGGGGCAGCUUUGUGGAGAUGGUGGACAACCUGAGGGGCAAGUCCGGUCAGGGCUACUACGUGGAGAUGACCGUGGGCAGCCCCCCACAGACGCUCAACAUCCUGGUGGACACGGGCAGCAGUAACUUUGCAGUGGGGGCUUCCCCCCACCCUUUCCUGCACCGCUACUACCAGAGGCAGCUGUCCAGCACGUACCGGGACCUCCGGAAGGGUGUGUAUGUGCCCUACACCCAGGGCAAGUGGGAGGGAGAGCUGGGCACCGACCUGGUGAGCAUCCCCCACGGCCCCAACGUCACUGUGCGUGCCAACAUCGCUGCCAUCACUGAAUCAGACAAGUUCUUCAUCAAUGGCUCCAACUGGGAGGGCAUCCUGGGGCUGGCCUAUGCUGAAAUUGCCAGGCCCGAUGACUCCCUGGAGCCGUUCUUUGACUCCCUGGUAAAGCAGACCCACGUUCCCAACCUCUUCUCCCUGCAGCUCUGUGGUGCCGGCUUUCCCCUCAACCAGUCAGAAGUGCUGGCCUCAGUUGGAGGGAGCAUGAUCAUUGGGGGUAUCGACCACUCACUGUACACGGGCAGCCUCUGGUACACACCCAUCCGGCGGGAGUGGUACUACGAGGUGAUCAUUGUGCGGGUGGAGAUCAACGGGCAGGAUCUGAAGAUGGACUGCAAGGAGUACAACUACGACAAGAGCAUCGUGGACAGUGGCACCACCAACCUUCGUUUGCCCAAGAAGGUGUUUGAAGCCGCCGUUAAAUCCAUCAAGGCAGCCUCCUCGACGGAGAAGUUUCCGGACGGGUUUUGGCUGGGGGAGCAGCUGGUGUGCUGGCAAGCAGGCACCACCCCUUGGAACAUUUUCCCAGUCAUCUCCCUCUACCUAAUGGGUGAGGUCACCAAUCAGUCCUUCCGCAUCACCAUCCUUCCACAGCAAUACCUGCGGCCAGUGGAAGACGUGGCCACGUCCCAAGAUGACUGCUACAAGUUCGCCAUCUCACAGUCCUCCACGGGCACGGUUAUGGGAGCUGUGAUCAUGGAGGGCUUCUACGUGGUCUUUGAUCGGGCCCGGAAACGAAUUGGCUUUGCGGUCAGUGCUUGUCACGUGCAUGAUGAGUUCAGGACAGCAGCAGUGGAAGGCCCUUUCGUCACCCCAGACAUGGAAGACUGUGGCUACAACAUCCCACAGACAGAUGAAUCAACCCUCAUGACCAUAGCCUACGUCAUGGCUGCCAUCUGCGCCCUCUUCAUGCUGCCACUGUGCCUCAUGGUGUGCCAGUGGCGCUGCCUCCGCUGCCUGCGCCAUCAACAUGAUGACUUUGCGGACGACAUCUCCCUGUUGAAGUGAGGAGGCCCACGGGCGGAAGACAAGAGAUUCCCCUGGACCACAUCUGGUGGUUCACUUUGGUCACAAGCAGGAGACGCAGAUGGCACCGGUGGCCAGAACACCUCAAGACCCUCCCCUGCCCACCAAAUGCCUCUGCCUUGACAGAGAAGGAGGGAAAGCUGGCAAGGUGGGUUACAGGGAUUGCACCUGCAGGAAACCGGAGAGGGAAGAAAGCAGUACUCUGGUGGCGGGAUUAUUCUCGGUCACCUCGAGCCCGAGUUGGGAAAUUCUGCUGCUUGACACUUCAGCCUUGAACCUCUGCCCACCCUUCCUCUGGAUUCUCCAACCCAAAGUAUUCUUCUUUUCUUAGUUCCAGAAGUAGUGGCAUCACAGCCGAGUCGCCCCAGUGUGUGUCUGUCUGCGGUGCCCUGGCAGAGAAAGGGCCACUCUUGCUUCCCUGCUGGCCAAAGUCAGUAGGAACGGAUGCACAGUCUGCUAUUUGCUUUAGUGAUAGGGACUGUAUAAACGAGCCUCACAUUGGUACAAAGAUUGCCUCUUGAAUUAAACAAAAAUGUAAUUAGACUGAGUAUUUGUACAAACGGGGGCGGGUGGAAGAGGAGACGAGGGGAGCGCAAAAGACAGGGAACAGCUGGGAUCAGAGCUAGAAAAGGCAGAACCACGGCCGCUCGCCAGUCCCAGCUUCAGACUGCAUCUCCAAGACAGAAGGCCAUCUUGCAAGAUGGGUGUUGCUACCCAACGUUUUCCUUUCUGUGGUUGUAGCCUGACCAGAAGCGAGUUGGGAAGAAGGGCUCACCUAGCCGAAAAGCUCUUUUUAACGCUCUGAAAUGAAAAGUGCCCACUAAGAAGUCCCAUCUAACAAAUGAAUUUCUACCUUUUAUUCAUUCCACUCGUCUCUACCUGAACCCUCUACUCCACAUGCGACAGGUACCACUCACCUUUCCCAGCCCCCCUCAGCCCCAGGUGCCCUACAAGACAGCAACUGGAACACAGCAAACAUAGCAGGGCCGGGCUUCGUCUUCCCCCUCCAUGUUCGCUCCCUCCCCAGACCCCUACCCCUCUGGAGCUCUGCAACUGAGGUGCCGAGAGGGAUGGGCAGGAGACCUCUCUCCACCCUUGAAAGCAGAACCCUCGAGAUUCAUUCAACAGGUACAGGGUGGACGCCCUACGCCUCUGCCUGGACUUCUUCCGUUCAGCUGUAAAGUAGUAGUAAGAGCUCCACGUGAUACAGAGCAGUGUCGUUGCCUUGUCUCCCUCUCUGGUGUCCCCUCCGUGAACCUGGCUGAGGCGGCCGACAGUGGCACUAGCAUUAUAUACCUGGUGUCACAAACACAGGGCUGUCUGGCUCUAGCAUUACUGCCUUCAGUAACAAGGCUGCUGGGGAAAGGCUGGCAGCCUCAAGGCUUCCUCACUUCCUUCACCCCCCGAGCCGCUCCCGGAGGCCAUCCUCCGCCCCUGUCCUCCUCUCUACGCCCCACUCCUAAUAAUAGCACUUGGGGACCCAGGCUGGUUCUUGGGCUAGGUAGUGGGGACCGAGUUCAUUUCCUCCCUAUCAGUUCUAACAGAGUCGACUAUGAUACCAGUGUUAAUGGGAAGACCUGAAUUCCCCUGGUUCACCCACUGGGUCCUAUUGCUGUCUUGUCGACACACUGCUUCCAGGUGUGGGACCCGCCGAGUGUGGAAUUACAUGAUGAGGGAAAGGGAAACACAAGGAGGGCCUCUGGAGAUCCUGGCCUCGGCCAGCUGCCCACAAGCCAUAAACCAAUAAAACAAGAGUACUGAAUCACAGUUCUUUAUCUGGGUUCUCUUCAUUCCCCUUGCACUUGGUGCUGCUUUGGCUGACUGGGAACACCCCCUCACCACAAAGACGGUCAGGAAGACUGGAGACUGUCCGUUUCCAGCUCGGAACUUACUGUGUAAAUAAACUUCCAGAACUGC